GAAAUCUAAUUAAAUCUAUGUUCCUUUUAGAUGCUAACUUUUUAAUUCUCUAUAGUAUUACUUUUAAGAAAAAGUGAAAUCAUAUUUUAGAAAAACGCAUAAUGCUAUUUAUUUUAUCUCUAUAAAGUGCUUAAGAAUGUGUAAGAGUGUGUAACUAACUUCAUGGACUCUAUUGUCCAAACUGGUUGUAAGGUGUUACACUGGACAAAAUGCUGUCGAGAUUAACUUUUCGCAAUAUUCCUUCACAAGUGAAGACUCUAGCUUGUGGAAUUCAAACAACUGCUGUAGCAUCAUCUAAUGGACCACGUGUAAAGCGACCCAUAGAUGCACCUCCAGUUAGAUUAGGAUUUAUUCCAGAAGAAUGGUUUAAAUUUUUCUAUCCUAAAACUGGAGUUACAGGCCCAUAUGUAUUUUUAACAACUUUUUCAACAUAUUUAUUAUCCAAGGAAUGGUAUGUUAUGGAACAUGAAUUUUAUAAUGGACUUUCUUUGCUUUCAAUCAUUAUAUAUGUCCAAUAUAAAUUUGGAGCGAAAAUUGGAGCAUUUUUAGAUAAAGGAGUUGAUAAAGAAGAAGAAGAACUUAAUAAUCAAAAAAAUGAAAAUAUAGAAGAAAUUCAGAAACAGAUUGAUGAGUUAGAAAAAGAAAAAUGGCGCAUUGAUGGACAAUUAAUGCUUUAUGAUGUAAAGAAACAAAAUAUUUGGAUGCAAUUGGAAGCAAGUUAUAGAGAAAAUUUGGCAACUAUUCAUUCACAAGUUAAAAAAAUUCUUGAUUAUCAUGCUCAAAUAGAUAAUAUAAAUCGUAGAAUUUCUCAGAAACAUAUGAUGCAGUGGAUUAUAAAUAGUGUAUUAGCAUCUAUCACACCUGAACAAGAAAAAGCUAAUCUUCUACAAUGUAUUAAAGAUCUUGAAAGUCUUUCAAAAGCUUGAAGUUUUAUGCUGAACAAAAUGAAAUAAAAAUAUUAUUAGUAAUAUCUGGGCUAGUAUAUUUUAAAAAAUAUGAAAAUAUUACAUAAGAAAAAACAAUGUAAUAUUUUGAAAUUAAAUCAUUAUUUAUCAGAGUAUUUAUAAAUAUAAUAUAAUAUUUCAUUGAAUAAAUAUAAAAAAAUAAUAUUAAAUUAUAUGUUAAUAUUUUUUGUUUCUUUAAUACAAAAAUUAUAUAUUAAUUAUAUUAUGAUGAUUAUAUUUUGAUAUUUUGAUUUAAUUCAAUUUAAUUUUUGUUAUCAUAUAAAUUAAUUUUAUAAAGCAUUAUAUAUUAAUUAAAUAUAUAUUAAUACAAAUAGUUAAUAAUUAUAUUUUAAAUAUGGAAUAUGAUUAAAAAUUUGAAUUUUAUAUAAAAUCAUGUAGUAUAAUUUAAGUGCAUAUAUGAAAUAACUAUGUUAAAUUAUUGAUAGUAUAUUUAUGUAAAUAAAAAUAAUAUAUCAAAAAUAAAA